AAUCAGUUCUCAUUUCUAACUCAGAACUCCCAUUAUCAUCAUCAGUAUUAUCAUAUCAACUUCAACGUUCAAACUUGCACAUACCACUAUGCCUUCUCCCAAGAAUACCUGCUUUAUUCUUCUAUCUUUCCUCGCUCAUAGCGCAGUAGCCACUCCUUCUGGCCGAACUCCAGAGAGAUCUCUCCAAGAUAUUGACACCGUUGUCUACAUUCGCAGUGAUGAUUCUGGUUUCUACAAAUCUCAGGACAUGACCCAAGCUAUCAAGGUCAAACAAGCAGCCCUUCCACUACACAAGCGGUCAAGUGCCAAGGUUGAGGCCUGUUUCUCGCCCCAGUGCACAAACUGCAGAGUUAUCUACGACGGUAGCCUCAGCAGCAAUUCGCCGUGCGUUCAAGCCGUCAACACGGCCUGUCUUAUUGUAUCAAACCUCAACGACGCAAAGAUCCAGGCCUGGAACAAAGCGCAAUGCAACGGAAACAAGUCCACCUUCCGUGGCUGUGGUGCGCGCACCAACUUUGCUGCUCCUGGUACCAAUUCCAUUGGUGUUCACAUAGGCUGCAGCUGAGUUACUGGCCUGUUACUCAAUCAGUGUCUUGAUAGUAACAACGAUGCCAGCGGGACGAGGCUGCUAUACGAUUUUGGCUGCAUCCUUUGUCCAAAAGUGGAGGUGCAGGGAUAGGUCAAGCCUGAACUAGAUGUGAGGCCAGUGUGAUAGAUCGAUGAUCUAUUAGUCAGCACAACUGCCCUUCUUUUCCCUUCUUUCAUUUUAUUUCCUCGGUAGUUCAUCAUACAAUAUACUCGACGUUACAAAAAUC